AUGUUUGCAGAGUGUUUUCAUGCACAGAGGAGGUUUAGCUCCAGCUCCCUGUUGCACAGAGGCAAAUCCACUGUGGCAGCAGCCAGCGAGAGCAACUGGAAUGAAUCCAUCCGACACAUGAGCCUACAUAAAGUCAGUGUGUCGCCUGUAUUUACUCCUCAGUGUGUGUACCAACAUUUGGCCACUGUGAAACCCAGUAACGACAAUGCAUCUGUGGUGAUCAGCACUAAAUUCACCCUGACUGUGCGAGUGGAGUCACAGACCAACAAUGUGACUCUUUGCAGGUGGAGUCAGACAUAUGGAGAAGGAGGUCAUUUCUCUGUUUGGAUCCAGGUGUCAGAGGCUACCAGUGAUGCCACCUGCAUUCACACUGUUGAUAAAAGAGCAAACAAGGCAUACCUGCGUAAGUGCACAACACUGAUGCAGAACACAGUGGGUUUUCUCUGGUUACUCCGGCUUCCUCCCACAAUACCAAAAACAUGCACGGAUGGAGCACGUGGUUGUGAAGCUGAGCACAGUACCACUGAAGCUAAACAAAAACGGCUGCGCUCACUGGACACGUUCCGAGGGUUUGCCCUGACAGUGAUGGUUUUUGUGAACUAUGGUGGAGGAGGCUACUGGUUCUUCCAGCAUGCACCAUGGAAUGGUCUGACUAUAGCAGAUGCUGUCAUGCCGUGGUUUGUAUUUAUUAUCGGGACUUCAGUGGAGUUGGCUUUCAGAUCUAUGCAGAGGAGAGGAGUCGGCCGCCUGCAGCUGCUGCGCAAAAUCACCUGGAGAACAGUCGUCCUCCUGAUGCUCGGCUUCUGCUUCCUCAACUACUCUCCAAGAGAUGGACCAUUGUCAUCGUCCUGGCUGAGGAUCCCUGGAGUGCUGCAACGUCUGGGCUUCACCUACUUUGUUCUGUCUGUUCUGCAGACUUUCUGGGGCCAGAAAGAAAUCCCGCUGACAACGCAUCACUGGUGGAGCCCCAUCCAGGAUGUGGUCCUUUUUGGGCCUCAGUGGCUUAUUAUCAUCCUGCUGGAGACUCUUUGGCUCUGCAUCACUUUGCUCAUGCCUGUACCUAACUGCCCCACAGGGUAUUUGGGAGCUGGUGGAAUUGGUGAUAAUGGCCUAUACCCAAACUGCACUGGAGGCGCAGCGGGAUACAUUGAUAGAUGGAUGUUUGGUGAUAACAUGUACAAAUACCCCACAUGCAAAGAAAUGUAUCACACCACGCAGCCCUUUGACCCAGAGGGGGUUCUGGGUACAAUCAACUCCAUUGUCAUGGGAUUCCUGGGGAUGCAGGCCGGGAAAAUUAUCAUUUUCUACAAGGAGAAGAACAUCCACGUCCUCUGUCGAUUCCUAGUCUGGGCCAUCCUCCUGGGAAUCUGCGCAGCCAUCCUUUCUAAGUGCACACGAGACGGAGGAUUUAUACCUGUCAAUAAAAACCUUUGGUCGCUGUCCUAUGUGAUGUGUAUGGGCUGUUUCUCCUUCCUGCUGCUGGGAAGCAUGUACUUUGUCACAGAUAUUAAGGGUUGGUGGGACGGACAGCCAUUCAUAUACCCAGGGAUGAACUCCAUCUUUGUAUAUGUUGGCCACUCUAUCCUGGGUUUCUACUUCCCGUUCAGCUGGGAGAUGCGCUUCCAGGAGAGCCACUGGGAGUGGCUCUUCCAAAGCCUGUGGGGAACUGCACUGUGGGUGCUCAUUGCUUACCUGCUGUACAGGAAGAAAUUCUUCCUCAAAAUAUAAACCAGCAUUAUUGUCUGUCCACUUUUUAUUCUGUCAAUGCUAUUAUAUUAUUUUUCAGUUCUAAACAAACACUUUUCAUGGUAAGGUAUAUAGAUUAUUAUAACAUCUGUGGGAGUUUUAAAAAAAUCUGGCCAACUGUUCUUGGCUUGAUCACUUUAGUUUACUUUUCACUGAUAUAUGACCUACCCACGUACGUCCGAAUGAAUCCUACUGAUACUAAUGUCCAAGCCAUCUGAAUAUUUUUUUAAUCCAACAAGCUGCAGCACAGGGAGAAAAAAAAAGUGUGAAAAUGCUCAUCCAUGAAACCCAUUAAACCACCUCCCACUUUCUAAAGAAGAUGUCUGUCUGCUGUCAGCGUGGGCAGCUGAAUAUUUAUUUGAUGCCACUUGUUUUGUGCACUGAAUAGACUGAUUAAAUCAAAUAUACUGAGGUGGUACUUAACAAAUUAGGCCGAGUGAUUCCACUACACACAAGGCCAGCCAUUAUGAGUCUGUUGCCAUGGCCACUCCUUCUCCUUCUGUGUGUGUGUAUGUGUGUGUGUGUGCCGGUACCAUCUGCUGUCCGAGUGACAAUACUUUAAUAGGGGUCAAGAUGUACAGCUCACAAAGGAGUGUCAUUAAUGGGACAGACACCUCUUGCACUCAUUGUAUUGGAAAAUCAGGGAAAUUACACAAAUCCAAUUCAUCAGAGAACAACAACGAGCCCCCAGGAGACUGAACAUGUUUUACAUCUUACAUAUUUCAGCUACUUACCUUCUGAAACGGGUGAAUUUUAUACUUGGAUUAUAAUAUUUCCACAUGGUCGAGAAUCAGGUUGAGUGAUUUAUAUAUAUUUCUGUAGAAUGUGUCCAUGAAUGUACUGAACACAGUCAGAUCAGAGUAUCGUGCCUUCAGCCUCAGGUCAGUCAGUGUGCAGAUCAUGAAAUGAGCAUCUACUUAAUGAAAUGAAACAGCAUCAUGCUCUUCUUCCAGAGUGAAAUCAUAUUACACACUCCUCAGAAGCUGCAAUAACGUUGCUUAAUACGGUGUAGUGGUUUUGGUAACUGUCUUAUGAACAGAGGUUGUUGUUGAAUCCCUGUAGGUGCAUCCUCCCCUCUUGAACAGGAAUCAAGUCCGUAAUUGCUUUCCCGAACUACCGUGCCAGCAAUGGAAACGCAUAGCUGCAUCUUCAUGAGAUGAAAAUGAAAUCAAUACAGACUCACCACAGAGGUCUAAAGAUAUCUUUUGUGCAUUUGCAUGGAAUAAUAAAGUUUUGUAUUCAAGCAUUUUUCUUACUCUGCGUGACUUGCAGUAUCUGUAACAGCAUGGUGAGCUCAAAACCCAUUUCACAAACCCAAGAAGCUGUUA